AUGAGUGCUGAAGUGAAGGUGCUGCUGGAAGCGCAGCACGACAUUCAUGGUCGGAUCUCCCGCGCCGUGGACAAUCUGAGGAAGAUGGGCGUGAGCAACAUCACCCGCGACGCCAUCCAAGCUCGCCUCGGCAUCCUGGACAAUCUCUGGCAAAAAAUGGAGACCCAGCAUGAGCUCAUUCGUGCGGCGCUGAAGGACAAGUAUCAGGAGAGUGAGUACGCUGUAUCUGAUUUUAUUGAAGUCGCGGAGAAUACUUACGUGACACAACGUAGCACGCUGACCAGCUACACUGAGAAGCUUGAGGGCGAGACGCCCGCCGCGCUCAGAGGCGAGUCGGACCACGACCGGGCUCCUAAAACCUCGUUGCCGCGCAUCAAGCUUCCGACGUUUGCGGGAUCUUACGAAGAAUGGCCGUCAUUCCGCGACCUCUUCCAAUCAGUCAUCGGGGCGAAUGCUGCGAGUCAGCGGGAGAACUCGGUCGCAUUCACAACGACCGCGGUGAACGCGCAGGAGAGUAUAGGGAGACCCAUCAACUCCCACGGUAUGGAUCUCCUCAAUUUCCUCACCGUCGAAUUGUUCGAUUCGCGUACACGGAUGGAAUGGGAGUCCUCGACCUGCGACUCCACUGAUCCGCCAGACCACGCUGCUCUCGUCAACUUCAUCGCUAAGCGCAUUCUCACGCUAAACGCCGCUAGGCCGCGAGUAUCGCAACCAAACUCCGAUGGCGCGUCUCGAACCGCGAAAGCUCACCACACGAAGACCGGAUCCGACUACUUGAAGUGCGCACUGUGCCAGGGGAAGCACACCCUCAUGCAGUGUAACGACUUCAAGGCGAAGUCCGCGAUAGACCGAAAGUCCUUUGUAGAGCAAGGUAGACUGUGCUACAACUGUCUCGGGAACCACAUGAUCUCCAAGUGCCAGUCUGUGAAGACCUGUCUGACGUGCAAGAGCAAGCACCACACUACGCUGCACGACGCGUACACUUCGCCCUCCUCCAACGAGGUGAACGCCCUGUCUGCGAUGCACUCCUCGUCUGAGCGUAAGGCGAUCCUCCUCGCGACAGCUCGCGUGUACCUCACUGACCGCGCCGGGGGUCUUCAUCCGGUCCGAGCGAUGCUCGAUCAAGUAUCCGAGGUGUCGAUCAUCUCCGAAGCACUGGUCCAACGGCUGAGACUUUCCCGCUCCCGCUCCUCAGUGUCCAUAAUCGGCAUCGGCGAAUCGCGAUCCGGGUCAACCCGCGAGAGAGUAGCACUCAGUCUCUCCUUGAUGAUCACCGGGGCCAAACUCAAGGCCGUCGCCUUCGUGUUACCGCGCCUGUCGGCCUAUCAGGGUUCUUCGGUGAAGAACCUCCCCUCCUGGCCUCACGUUCAUGGUCUUGAGCUCGCCGACCCCAGGUAUCAGGAGUUCGAUCCGGUAGAACUAUUGUUGGGCGCGGAAGUCUGCUCAACCAUCCUAGAGGUCGGCCUUCGCAAGGGUGGUCCUCAAGAUCCCGUCGCCCAGAAAACAGCCCUGGGAUGGAUCCUGUCAGGGGGAUCCAGCGCAGCACCCUUCCAAGGACUCCGUAACUCCUUGCAGUGCACUGUCGACCAAGAGCUCAAUCAGUUUGUGCACAGCUUUUGGGAACAGGAAAGGGAACUCCCCUCCUCUGUUGCCCUUAUACCAGAGGAUCAAGAGUGCGAGACCCUCUUCAUAAGUACUCACCAGCGAACUGCGUCCGGAAGAUACGUAGUACGACUUCCGUUUUCUUCCCCGCCAACGUCGCUUGGUGGAACCCGUAAACCGGCUGAAAGCCUCUUGUCAGCGAUGGACCUCCGGAGCAAGAGAGAUCCUGCGUUCGGCAUCCGGUAUCGGGAGUUUAUGCAGGAGUACGAGGACCUGAAACACAUGAGUCCUGUGAAUACGGUCGGUACCGCAGGAUGCUACCUACCUCACCACGGAGUCCUCCGCCAGUCCAACUCCUGCAGCAAGCUCCGCGUCGUCUUCAACGGGUCGCAACGUAUCGCCUCGGGGGACUCCCUCAACCAACAUCUGCUGAUCGGCGCCAACUUACUGCCGGCACUAGCUGAUGUCCUCCUUCGCUGGCGCCGGCACCGCUUCGUGUUCGUCACCGACAUCGAGAAGAUGUUCCGGCAGAUACUCGUCCACCCUGAAGAUCGUCGCUUCCAGCGGAUACUCUGGCGUCCAAAGGCUUCCGGCAAGAUCCAAGAGUACGAGCUGAACACCGUGACCUACGGGCUCGCCUGUGCUCCGUUCCUCGCUGUCCGCACUCUCCACCAAUUGGCGGCCGACGAAGAGGCACGAGCCCCAAAGGGAGCAACCGCUCUGCGCCAUGACUGCUACAUGGACGACGUGAUCACCGGGUCGGACACCUUGCAGCACGCGGUCGCCCUGCAGACGGAGCUCCGAGAGCUCUGCACGGCGGGCGGGUUUCCGCUGCGGAAAUGGGCCGCCAAUAGCGAGGCCAUCCUUGAGGGUGUUCCUCCCGAUCAUCGACUCAAACAGGCACACCAUUCCUGGGAGAGCGAGGUACACUCCACCUUAGGCCUGCGUUGGCAUCCAGCCAGCGACGACUUCUCCUUCGCCAUCCAGCCUCGAAGCACUGGCGAAUUCACUAAGAGGCGAGUCCUGGCGGAAACGGCACGGCUAUUCGACCCCUUGGGAUGGCUCGCUCCUGUGAUCAUCCGCGCCAAGAUCUUAAUCCAGUCAGCAUGGUUGAAAAGGCUGGACUGGGACUCUCCGCUCCCAGCGGAGGACGCUCAGUCUUGGCAGCGCCUCCUCUCCGAGCUCCAUUUGCUGGAGCGCCUCCGAAUAAGGCGCUGGCUGGGUGUCAUUCAACAGGAUCCGACGGUCGAGAUCCACGGCUUCGCCGACGCGUCUGAGCGUGGAUACGCGGCCGUCGUCUACCUUCGCGUGUCCAGUACGGAAGAAACGUCCAUCUACUUACUGGCCGCGAAAAGCAAGGUCGCGCCGAUUAAGCCCGUGACGCUCCCACGGCUGGAACUCUGCGCUGCCUCCUUGCUGACCAAUCUCGUGCACCACCUCCGGUCAUCACUGGAGGUGUCGGCGCCAGUAUAUCUCUGGUCCGACUCCAAGGUUGUCCUCCACUGGAUCAAGGGUCAUGCUUCGCGGUGGAAAACCUACGUGGCCAAUAGAGUGUCGCUGAUCCAGGACCGGCUCCCCGAAGCGCAGUGGCGACACGUCCCGGGUCAAGAGAAUCCUGCCGAUUGUGCUUCCAGAGGGAUCUGCUGA